GUAGCGGGCCCGGCAGCUUACCGUUGGUGGACUAUACACAUACUCAAGACGAACAAAGGCAUCAUCUCGAUACUCUUGCUGUCUGAAUAUGGCGGGUACAGCAUCAUCUCAUCGAUAUUUCACGCAAGACAUAACACCGAACAUCACAACAAUAUCGAAACCGACUGAUUCCGUCAAGCUAAAGCCGACAAUUCUCCACCUCGGCGAUGACAUCCGCUGGAACCACGACCUAUACGCCGAACUAUCGCAAAAGUUCAACAUCAUCAGAACGUACUCCACAGGACGAGAAGACUGCAAACGCGCAUUGCAAGACAGAACUUGGGGCGACUUCGUAGGCAUGUACCGCCCCUUCUGGAACACAGGCGGCGAAAUGGGCAACUGGGAUGCUGAGCUAAUCCCACUCCUGCCAAAAAGUUGCAAAGUCUUCGCCUCUGCCGGCGCAGGCUUCGACUGGGUUGACACCAAAGCCCUAGCUGAACGGGGCAUCGUGUACUGCAACUCCGCAUCCGCAUGCACCGAGUCCGUCGCCGACGCUGCCAUCUUCCUCAUUCUAGCCGUCUAUCGCUUGUUCUCUUGGUCUUGCCAGGCUGCGCACUCUUGUGAUCCAGAGCGAUUCAGAGACGCGAUGAGUAACAUUGCAGCUGUAACGCACAAUCCUAAUCAUUCGACGCUGGGGAUUGUAGGGCUGGGCAGGAUUGGGUAUAGGAUUGCGCAAAAGGCGAAAGCAUUCGAGAUGAGGGUGGUUUACUAUGAUGUUGUAAGGAUGGAAGAAAGGGAGAAGGAGGUUGACGCGGUGUAUUGUGAGACGCUGGAGGAAUUGCUGGGGAAGAGUGAUUGUGUACUUCUAGCCACUCCAUUUAAUGGAGAUGUUCUAUUGAGCCAAAGAGAGUUCGGACGGUUCAAGAAGGGGGCGAGAUUGGUGAACAUAGGUAGAGGAAAGUUGGUGGAUGAGGCUGCACUGGACAAAGCGCUGGACGAUGGAACCGUGGGUGCGGCGGGCCUUGACGUACAUGCUGAUGAGCCGCAUGUCAACAAACGGCUGGCAGCGCGAAAAAACGUCAUCAUGCUGAGUCACACGGCAGGUGCCAGUGUAGAGAGUCAUAUUGGGUUUGAGAAGCUAGGGAUGGAGAACUUGCUGGGGUGGCUAGAGAAGGGCGAGGCUGGGUUGGUGAGCCCAGUUAAUCUGCAUUGGCUGAACAGAGACGUGUGAAAGUAUGAACGUUGAACUAAGAUCUGAUAGCUGUGUUGAAUUUUUGCGCAUCAUGUACUCUCCUAGUAAGCAAAUUCUUGGCCAACCAGUUUCUCACUGAGUUUCCAUAACUUCUCGACAUCGGCUGGAUUCGUGGCGGUUGGUUACAAAUCAC